GCAGGUUCUGUGUCUCCACAUUCUUCACCAUCACAUCCAACUACAGUCCAUCUUCCACCUCCUCCAGUGGUAACAAAACCCGUUACAACUCCAUCACCCACCAUUGAAACCAUUACUUCUCCAAUUGCUGCUGCUUUUCUCAACCCACCCUCUACAUCAGCAGAAAUUUCCUCCAGCUCUGCCUCGCAUUUUCAGCCCCCACCACUACUUUCUGCCACUUCUUCACUCGUUGCUACUACAUCACAACCUAUAUCACCUGAUCUUCCUUUUCCGCCUCCUACCCCAACCAUCUCAUCCAAUGAUCAUUAG